AUGCCAUCAGCAUCGAAUGUGCACGAGCGCUAUAAACGAGCUCGUUUUAAACACGAUCUUGGGUUUAAGGUUAGAAAUUUUAUGCAGAGGAUUAUCUCUGCCGUGUACCCUUAUGCCAAGAAGGUGCUACCGAACUUCAGAGCCGUUCAUUACUUUUACAUUCUUUCGCAUUGCUUCAUCGGUUCGAUAUUGAUAUACCCUGUGAAAUCCAUUCCAUACAUCGACGCCUUGUUUUUUGCAAGUGGCGCAUCUACCCAAGCUGGACUUAAUACGGUUGAUGUGAACAAGGCAUCUCUUUACCAGCAAAUCAUCUUAUACAUAAUCCCAUGCCUCACCAACCCGAUUUUCAUACAUGGUUCGCUUCUUUUGGUACGUUUAUACUAUUUCGAGCGACAUUUCGACAAUAUAAAGGAGAAUUCAAAGUUGAAUUUUCAGAUGCGUAAAUCGGCAACUUUAGCUCGACAAAACACAAUAACGUCAGCCAAUUCAACACGAAUAAAUACAGCCGCAAACAAGGAUUUGGGUUACAAUCACAAAGACGACGAAGUAGAGAGUCCUCAAUCGUCAUCCCUGAUUCCUGGUAAUGGGUCAAAUAAUCAAAAUGGCAAAACUGAACACAUGUCUGAGCCCUCUGACGAUGAGGAUGAUUUAGGAGGCAAUGUUGAAGAUAAAACUGCCCCCAGUCAUGCAAUCAAGUUUGGAGCUCUACCGCAUCCCCGAAGAAGAAAAUCUAUUGAUCCAGAGGAUAUGUUUCGAUCUAUCAAUAUGCUUCGAGAAAAACAAAAAUCUCAAAACAAUACUCAUAACAAGAACGACAAUCAGGAGGGACUGCGUCCUCCCCAAAGCACAAGUAUACAUUUUGCAGAUAUGGCUUCACCCAGUAGAACUAGAAGAUCGCGUCUUUCAGCGUCUGCCAGUCAAAGCCCUCAUAAUGAAGGUAAUGGAGAUGGCGACGACGACGACGAUGAUGACGAUGUUCUUGUUAUUAAGCCACCCAAUGAGAUUGAGGAUGCUGCUAGUCAUAAUGCGAUUUUCACCAAAAAAAAGCUAUCCAAGCCCCAUCAAAAGAGGAGGUCACUGUGGAUUCCCUUGUCUUCGCGAAAAACACAUAAACCGUGGAAGAAUAGACUAAGGAGAACGCUUUCUAACUCAAGUCGUAAAAGGCGCUCACAAGCAUCUAGUGAAUUAGAAGAUGAAGUCGACGAUGAUGCGUCAAUAGACUCUGAAGUGGAGGAAAGUAACAUUUCUGGAGACGAUGCGACUCGAUUCGAUGGUCGUAGCGGUGUUGAGACUGGUGAUGACGACGAUGACGACGACGAUGAUGAUGACUAUGACGGAGAGGUUGAUGAAAGUGCUGUUACAGAUGAUGAAGAUUUAGCUGAAGGUGAUAUAUCACCGACACAGCUGGCACAAAACUCAAGAAGGCACUCUGCAUCAAAUGACCCCGAAUCAGGAAAUACAACAAGAACACUCAAGUUUGACCAUGCACUUCCUGACAAGGAACGGGAAAGAAGGAGAAAGAGACGUUUCAAAAAACUCAAGAGGAUCAGGACUCCCAUCAUUUCGCGUUUAUCAAGUGGCGACACAGCUGCUAACAACGAUGAUGAAGAUACUGAGGAGAGUGACGAAUCAGAUGAUGACGAUUAUCGAGAUGGACUUGCGCGUACUAUGAGUGGGAAUUAUUUGUCUUUCGCUCCAACUGUGGGCAGGAACUCUACUUUUAUGAAAAUGACUGAUGAGCAAAAAGAUGAGUUGGGAGGUAUUGAGUAUAGAGCUGUCAAGUUGCUUAUAAAGAUUAUCGUGUGCUACUAUCUUGGGUUUUUAAUCGUUCCCUCAUUCAUGCUUUUGAUUUGGGUUUAUUGCAUGCCUGGCUACAAAACUAUGCUAAACGACAGCGCCAUCACUCCUGGAUGGUGGGCUUUUUAUACGGCACAGUCAUCCUUUAAUGAUUUGGGGCUAACUCUAACUGCAGAUUCUAUGAACUCGUUUCAUGAAAAUGCAUUUGUGCAAGUGCUAUGCGGAUUCUUGAUCGUAAUUGGAAACACUGGUUUCCCAAUAUUCUUGCGAUUUAUAAUUUGGAUCAUGUUCAAGACCGCCCCGGAGUUGUCAUUAUACAAGGAAUCAUUAGGGUUUUUGUUGGACCACCCUCGUCGUUGUUUCACCUUACUUUUCCCGCUGAUCCCUACGUGGUGGCUAUUCUUUAUUUUGGUUGCAUUAAAUGGGUUUGAUCUAGUGAUUUGGUGUAUUGUGGACCUCAACAGUUCCAUGUUUGACGGAGUGCCCAAAGGGUAUCGAGUAUUGAAUGGGUUGUUUCAAGCACUAUGCACAAGGACUGUUGGGUUUUCCAUUGUCGAUUUAUCUCAAUUGCAUGCUGCAACACAAGUGGGUUACUUGGUAAUGAUGUAUAUAUCCGUCUUACCCAUUGCAAUUUCAGUGAGAAGGACAAAUGUUUAUGAAGAGCAAAGUUUAGGGGUGUACACGAAGGAAAGCAACGAGGGUGACGAAAACACACCGUCUAAUUUCGUUGGUGCGCAUUUGCGUAAUCAAUUGUCUUAUGACUUGUGGUAUAUUUUUCUUGGAUUAUUUAUCAUUUGCCUUGCUGAGGGAAGUAAAUUACAGAAGCAAGAGUUCAGGUUUUCAGUUUUUGCAGUAUUGUUUGAAGUCAUUAGUGCGUAUGGUACGGUUGGGAUGUCGCUUGGGUAUCCUGAUGUCAAUACAUCAUUGACGGGUAAAUUCAAUGUUAUUUCAAAGUUGGUAAUCAUUGCCAUGAUGAUCAGAGGUAGACACAGAGGUUUGCCAUAUGCAAUUGAUAGAGCUAUUUUGUUACCCAACGCUGAAAUGAGCCGUCACGAUGAGGUUCAAGAACAACAUGCAAUGAAUAGACAAAACACCCUUGAUCGCGGAACUACUUUGGCUAGAGUGGCAACUUUUGCAAGAGGUGGUCCUAUUGAUGGAGGUGACAAUAUACUCAGCAGAGUUUUGACCAAUGUGAGUCACUUGAGAAACAAACGCAAGAGAAACAGAGGAUCAACAAGUAGCAACAACAAUGGCGAUACUCGCGACGGUGAACAAUCCUUACACUCAAGUAAUCCCAACUAUCUAGUCACAACUGUGAGUCAUGUAUAA